CUGGCCCAAGAUUGCCUCUCCUGCUUCAUGGCCAAGUGGGGAUUUGAAUCUGGUUCUCCCUGGUCCUAGUCUGGCAUUCUAGCCACUAGACCAGACUGCCUCUGUAGGGAAAACCACUGGCAAGAUAUUUUACUCAGGCAUGUAAAUAGUCAGUCAUAUGUGACAAGUAAGAACUGCCUUCAGAAGAACAGAUAAGAACAUAAGAAAAAUCCUGCUGGAUCAUGUCAAAAACCCAUCCAGUCCAGUAUCCUGCUUAACUCAGUGGCCAAUCAGGACGUCUUUCUAAUGAUCCGACGUCACAAGACAACCAUCUUCACAGAUGCCAAGGAGUCCAGUACGGUGUAUGAGCUCAAAAGAAUUGUUGAGGGGAUUCUUAAGAGACCCCCAGAAGAACAGAGGCUAUACAAGGACGACCAGCUGUUGGAUGACAGCAAAACCCUCGGAGACUGCGGCUUCACCAGUCAGACGGCACGACCCCAGGCCCCUGCUACAGUGGGCUUGGCCUUCAGAGCAAGCGAAGAUGCCUUUGAGCCCCUACGCAUUGACCCCUUCUCCAGCCCCCCGGAGCUCCCAGACGUGAUGAAGCCCCAGGACUCCAGCAGCAGCGCCAACGAGCAGGCAGUGCAGUGAGAGCCGGAGGGUGGUGGAGUGAGCUGCACAGCCCGUGGCGCCCCUCCCUCCACCCCGCCCGCCCGCCCCUCCCUCCCUCCCUCCCUCCUCCAGUGUGGAGAGAGACAUGGCACUGUCCCUCCCCUCCAGUCCAGGUCCCCCUUCUCCUCUGCCCCUCUCUCUAAGCAAGGCCACACUCCCUUCCCGGCCCCUCCCCACUCACGCAUCAGACAGAGCUGUGUUUUCGUUUUGGUUUUGAAAACAAUAAAAGUUCCGCUGUUUUUUC